UUGCCUCGGCACUCGUCAGGAACUACUAGGAUACAACCAAACACAAUACGGAAUCCUUGAGGUGAAGCCAUUCGUGAUACAUGGUAUAUUUAUGUUGCGAAUCUCACACGAUUUAUGGACGACUUUCGCUGUCGAUACGGCUUCUACACUCCCCACGGGAUCUGGAAGCUCCAGGUCUUCGCGUCGUUGUCUCCUCUUCAUAUCCUCAUACUAUCAAUGGUAUUCUCGAAAUCCCUUCCAAAGCAUGCCAAUUGUUGGAACCCGGUGUUCAUGGCAGAUACAUGGAUCAGAUUUGCCUGUUUCACUUACGGAUCUCAAAAUGUUGAUCGGUUGUGUUUCGCUCCUGGAAAAUGUUCGACUAUAAAAACUACGGGGUUUAUAUAUAUCACUCGCACCGAUUGUAUUAACUUAUUCUACUUUGGUUGAAAACUUCCGUCAAUGGAAACAGUAUCUCGACACAAAAGAUACAACCUGCCAAAUUCAAGACAUGGAUGCAGUUUCUGUGCCCAGCUCAGAGCCUCGACAAUGUCAUUACUAUGCCAAUGAACGCUGCGACCCUUGCACGUCGGGAUUGGUUGCCAACAAUGGCCAUCUUUGAUGAGACCU